GUUCGCGUUCACUCCCCGUUCACCGUUCGAGUUCGCAUUCGUGUUCGUCUGGAAGCCACGUUGAUCUGCUUCAAACACUGCGACCAACCCGCGCGCUCCACCUAGCCGUCGAACUGCUCUCUUUUGUCGCCGCCACCGGUUGGACCAGUAAACCAAUGAACCAGUGACUAAAACGGUUUGAUAUCCGUCGCAAUCUGCUCCCCCUCGACGGCAACGCUCUCUUGUCUCAUUGUCCCCUGCUCGUCGCUGGUAGUCUUCUGCUCCGUUGUUUCCGUUCGCGUUGCUUCGUCGCCCACUUUGUUGCAUCUUCUUCCACCGCCGCUGCAUACGUCUGCCGUUGCUGGCGUCAACACUGCAGCUCUGCUUCACCGUCUCUCUGUCGUGCCACUGGCCUCUGCUUCAUCGCAUCGUGCCUCUUGCUUAAUUGCCUCUUCUCUGGUUCUUGCAUCUCCUCAGCUUCGCCUUCUCUCACUUCCAUGGUCAAAAGGAAUGCUGGCUGCGGGAGUGGAAGCUCAGAUUGGGUGCGUGGUCCUAACAUGAUGCGAGGGUUAGCUUCACAGUUUGCUUUUGUUUAUGGAGAUGAAGCAACAUCCUUCAAAUCAUAUCGUAUUUCCAGGUUGCCACUGAGAAUUCUGCAUUGAGUGGUAUAUAUGCUACCACCACUGUAUUGUAACUUAGUAAUUUGCUUACAAUCCAUUGCUGAAUGGAUGCAAGAAAACUUCUAUCCCUUUUGAAAGCCAGUGUGACUUCCAAGUCACUUAAGCAAGGGAAACUCAUCCAUCAGAAGGUUGUGACUUUGGGGUUGCAAAGUGAUGUUUCCUUUUGCAGGAACCUGAUUAGCCUGUAUGUUUCUUGUCAUUUAUAUGAUUUUGCAAAGCAUGCUUUUGAUACCAUUGAAAAUCCAAGUGAGAUUUCUUUGUGGAAUGGCCUAAUGGCUGGUUACUCUAAGAAUUACAUGUAUGUGGAAGCUCUAGAGCUUUUUGAGAAGUUCUUGCAUUACCCUUACCUUAAACCUGAUAGUUAUACUUACCCGAGUGUUCUCAAGGCUUGUGGCGGGUUGAGAAGAGUCAUCUUAGGGAAAAUGAUUCAUACCUGUUUGGUAAAAGCUGGUUUAAUGACAGACAUUGUAGUUGGAAGCUCUCUUGUCGGUAUGUAUGCUAAAUGCAAUGCACUUGAGUAUGCUAUAAAGAUUUUUGAGGAAAUGCCUGAAAAGGAUGUGGCAAGCUGGAAUACAGUGAUUUCUUGUUAUUACCAAAAUGGAAAAUUCGAAGUGGCCCUACGUUAUUUUAGCAUAAUGAGAGGAUUUGGUUUUGAGCCUGAUUCAGUUACAAUCACAACAGCUAUUUCCUCAUGUGCUAGACUUUUGGAUUUGAAGAGGGGAAGGGAAAUUCACAAGGAGUUAAUUAAUAGUGGGUUUCAGCUAGAUAGUUUCAUUAGUUCUGCUCUUGUUGACAUGUAUGGAAAAUGCGGUGACCUAGAAAAUGCCAUAGAGGUUUUUGAGCAAAUGCCCAAAAGGACCGUGGUUGCUUGGAAUUCCUUGAUUGCAGGAUAUGGUUUGAAAGGUGACAUCAUUUCAUGUAUUCAACAUUUUAGGAGGAUGUACAAUGAGGGAAUCAAGCCAACUUUGACUACUUUAAGUAGCAUAGUAAUGGUUUGUUCACGAUCAGCUCGAUUACUAGAGGGGAAAUUCGUGCAUGGAUAUAUAAUACGAAACAACAUACAACCUGAUAUUUUUAUUAAUACCUCCCUAAUGGAUUUAUACUUCAAAUGUGGAAAGGUUGGGUCAGCUGAAGCCAUCUUUAAGUUAAUACCGAAGACAAAUGCCGUUUCUUGGAACGUCAUGAUUUCUGGAUAUAUGACGGCAGGGAAAUUUUUUGAAGCCUAUGACGUGUUUAGUGACAUGAGACAAGCUCAUGUAGAAGCAGAUGCUAUUACUUUUACUAGUGUUUUAGCUGCUUGUUCACAACUAGCAGCUCUAGAAAAGGGUAAAGAGGUUCACAAAUUGAUUAUUGAGAGCAACUUAGAAGACAAUGAAGUAGUUAUGGGGGCUCUUCUUGAUAUGUAUGCAAAGUGUGGUGCUGUUGAUGAAGCAUUUGGUAUUUUUAGAAUUUUACCGGAGAGAGAUUUGGUGUCUUGGACUUCGAUGAUUACAGCUUAUGGGUCCCAUGGCCGGGCCCAUGAAGCUUUAAAACUCUUUGCUGACAUGCUUCAGUGGAAUGUGAAACCUGACAGAGUUACUUUUCUUGCCAUAUUAUCUGCUUGUAGCCAUGCAGGGUUGGUGGAUGAAGGAUGCUAUUAUUUCAACGAAAUGAUCAAUGUUUAUGGCAUUAUGCCAAGAGUUGAGCAUUAUUCAUGCUUAAUUGAUCUUCUUGGACGUGCUGGAAGAUUAAAUGAAGCCUAUGAGAUUCUGCAAAGAAAUCCUUCAAUCACGGAUGAUGUUGGGUUGUUAAGCACAUUAUUUUCUGCAUGUCGUUUGCACAGAAAUCUUGAUUUGGGGGUUAAAAUUGCAAGAAUGCUAAUUGACAAGAAUCCUGAUGAUCCAUCAACCUAUAUUAUCCUGUCAAAUAUGUAUGCAUCUGUUCAAAAGUGGGAUGAAAUGCGGAUGGUGAGAUCAAAAAUGAAAAAGCUUGGACUGAAGAAGAAUCCAGGAUGCAGUUGGACGGAGAUUAACCAAAAGAUUCAACCCUUCUUUUCGGAAGACAAUUCCCGAUGGCAUUUGGAAUCAAUUAAAAAAUGUCUUUGGUAUCUUACUAGUCACAUGGAAGACGAGUCUAUAUCAUUUAUCCAUUUUGAUACUGAAACUCAGAUAUAUUACUAGCCUUCAAAGGAAAAGAGCGUAGGCUUAGCAGAUAGACAUCACAAAUUACAAUGAUCCUUAAACUUAGUUGCAAGUAAAAUUUUUCUGUGAGCAAAAUGUAAGGUAGCUUUACUGUGCUUGAUUUUAUAUUUAACGCAGGGCUGCCAACUUAGUAAUUUGUAUUUUGUACCAUCACUUAAUAAAUAGUGAGAUGGACUUUACUGUUAA